AUUAAUUCGUUUCCUGACCAGAACUUAGUGGGUCGAAUGGCGGGAGUGAAGGAAAACAUUGAAACUUCAGACUUCAAGGCUGUAUGACUAUCGUGUGAUUUUUAUCACGGCUUAUCGAUUUUCAGAAUGAGGUUUAGAGGGAAAAUCAUCGACAUUGGCUGUAUUCAACAUUUUACACGAGUAAUAGGGACAUUGUCCAAGUUGAUCAAAACCUGUGUACUACGAAUAACCCCAGGGAACUGGUACUUCAUCUUGUCUGAGAGAGCAGUGAACGGUGGAAUACAGAUUUGGAGUGAACUUCCUCAGGGACAUUUCUUUGAUGAAUAUGCAAUGGAAGGCGUAUCAGAAGAAGACAAUGAAAUUUUCUUGGAGCUUGCUCCAGAAAAUUUGAUGAAGGCUUUAAAAACUGCCCAAAGUGCUAAGUGGCUGAAGAUCAAGCUCACCAAGAAGCAUGCUCCCUGUCUAACAGUGGAGGUAGACCUGCCUACCUUGAGUGCUCACUCCCGCACAGUAGUGCAUGACAUCCCAGUCACAGUCAUACCUCGUCGGCUCUGGACAGACUUUGAAGAGCCAGAGCUCCCACGCUUUGAUGUUAGUGUUGUGAUGCCUCAGCUCAAGUUACUGAGAAAUGUGGUGGAGAAAAUGAAGAACCUCAACAAUUUUGUGGUCCUGUCUGCCAAUCAAAUGGGAGAGAUGAAGUUGAUGGUAGAGACAGACAUGGUAUCAAUUAGUACCCAUUUCAAGGACCUUAUUAACCCCACCAGCACAGACCCUAUGUUGAAUCCAUCCCAGGAAGACCGAGAUCCUCAGGCAUUCUACAAAACCAGGAUUGAUAUUCGCAAAUUAUCACAAUUUCUUGCCAGUCAACAGUUCAACCCCACACGAGUCAUCUGUAAUGUUGUCAACAACAGGACAGUACAUUUUCUUCUUCUCCAGGACGAUGUGUCCCUACAGUACUUCAUGCCUGUGAUAGCCUCCUGACAGCUGUACCUAGCAAUAUGUGUUUGACAGUCAUACCCAGCAAUACUACAUAGUCCUGCAGUGUCCCUUCGGUACUUCAUGACUGAUGGCCUCCUGACAGUCAUACCCAGCAAUACUGCAUAUUCCUUAGGGUCUCUACAGUGUUAAUGCUUGUGAUGGCCCCCUGACAGCCGUACCCAGCAAUACUACAUAUUCCUUAGGGUCUCUACAGUGUUAAUGCUUGUGAUGGCCUCCUGACAGCCGUACCCAGCAAUACUGCAUAUUCCUUAGGGUCUCUACAGUGUUAAUGCUUGUGAUGGCCCCCUGACAGCCGUACCCAGCAAUACUACAUAUUCCUUAGGGUCUCUACAGUGUUAUUGCUUGUGAUGGCCUCCUGACAGCCGUACCCAGCAAUACAUGUAUCCCUCCAGUGUCCCUACAGUACUUCAUGUGUGUGACACAUACCAGUAUCUAUGCCAGUGUUUUGACUGUUUUGCCUGACAAUAUUCCUCCAGUAUCAUGUGUCACAUAUAUAUUGUGGUUUCUUUUGUUAAAUACACUUUGAGGAUCACAUAGCUCAUUGAGAUCUCUUUCUAAUGUGUCAGUUUUCAAGUUAUGUUUUACCUUCAGUGUGGAAAGUCUUUUUUUUUUUUAAAUGAAACCUAAAAAAAAAAAAAAUUUGAAGCAUGCCAAAGGCUUAAGUUUGGCAUUGGUUCAUCUGGUUAGAUAUGAUAAGGAGCCUUUACCUCUGCAUCUGUAGUGUGAUAUCUUAGAGUGAAGAGUCGAAGUUGAAAUCAGCACCACAAGAUCAAAUCUCGGUCUAAGCUUACUUCAUAUUUAAUUGUAAACCACCAAUAGGGUUAAAAAGCAAUUGCUUCUUUUAAAUGGAAAAUGGAUUUAUGUAACAUAUUCUGAUUACAUUUCAUCAAGUGCAAAAUUGAUAUUGAUGUUGCUGUCCAUAAUCUUACAGCUUAUAAAGAUAAAUAACUUCUUCAGUCUGCUUUAACAUACUAUCUACUGGAAAGUUAUGUUAAGUUGCAUAACAAUAAUUUUCUGUAGAUAAGGUUAGGGUAUGUUGAGACUGAUGCGCUUAGAAGAUAAAGAAGUUUACAAUAAUUAAUGGAGCUCACAUUGAUGUACCUCAAUAUAUCACAUUGUGCUUGUUUCUUGGACACACUCAAUGCCAGUCUCUAAUACUGCCAAGCUAUUCUCUUUGGUAAAACUACCCUAACAAAUUAGCCAUUGCCACAAAAGAUCUCAUAGUGAUGUGUGGCACUGGUUAAUGUAAUGUGCCAGACAGUGUUGGCAGAAAAAAAAUUGUUCAUGAAUGUCGAUAUCAUGAAGAUUAAUUUUGUUUUGUUACCCUGUAAUUUAAUGGUUCCUUCAUAAAAACAAAUUAAGUAUCUGAAUUACCUUUGCUCUAGUGUUGAAAUGUUAUCUGGCUAUAUCAUGAUGGAAUUAUUUCCAAUGUUCAUACAUCCAAAAUAUAUUUCAAAAUAUAUCUUAAAAGAUGUACCAUUGUGUGAUAUGUAUUGUGAUUCUAUGAUUUUUAUUGUGUUCAAUUUGUUUGCAAUAAAAUAUGUUCAAAUCAAAUCAAUCAAAUUUAUUCAAACUAAAAAAAUGUUCUUUUUAAUUUGAUGUUGGUCAUUAAACAAUAUAUGUAGCAGGUACAUGUGGUUGUGGCAACUGUAAAAAGGAAUACCUAGGCCUGUUAACAGCUGAUCUGGCCCCCUGGAUUCAACAACGAUCCUUAACUGAUGGGAAUUCUUCCACACAUACAUUUGCAUUAUUGGAGCUAAGGAAAAAAUCUUAGUUGAGGCACUACUUAAGUUCUCUAAUGCUUUCCUCUGGGUUAUGUUGACUUAAGGAAUGUUGAUGAAACUGGGUCCAUAUGUAAUGAAAUAGAAUCAGUUGUAAAAACAUGAUUACACGUUUAGAUACCAUCGACUACAAUUAAACGUAAUAUAUUGAUGACUGUCCUCCGGAACUCAGAGCUCAGUCCAAUAUGCUUAUUUGUUUUCAAAUCCUUAAAUGACCUUGCUCCUGAAAAAGCCUUGGUUGAAAGCUGAUAAUUACAUUUAAAAACUAUGACCAAACCAAAAUCAGAAGUUUAGAAAAAAAGUUUUAGCUUCUCCAGUGUUCUAUUCUUUAAAGUGUUCAGCAAACCCCAUCACUGCAAUCCUUCUAAGUUAAACUAAAAAAAAAGAAAAACAAAAAACAAUUGGUAUAAUUGAUCUGAAUCAUUACAUGUGUCUUUGUUUAUUUUUACCACCAAAGGUCAGAGGUCAUGGUCAAAUAUUGUGCAUAUUUUCAUUGAGGAAAAUUUUUUAUUAUGACAUGAUGAAGCUAAGUUAUUCACAAUUAAACGAGGAGUUUACUGACCAAAGGACAAGUCACCAGCUUUUUGAUAAUGAACAUUUUGUUGUGACUAUGAAUCAGUGUUUGUUAGUCAACUGUCUAAAGGUCAAGGUCACAGAUUCAAAGGUCAAUGUGAAAUUUUUUAGCUAAUGACUGAUGAAUUCAAAAUUUUGCUAGAACAGUAUGAAGCAACAUUGGUUGGAUAUUAACAGGGAGCCAACUGACUUAAGGUCAAGGUCAAUUGGUCUGAAUGAAAGGAUACGGACAAAAGAUCAAGGUCGCUGGAUCAUAGUUUGUUGGGUUGAUCACCUCGUGAACAGCUAAUGUUAUGUGGGAGCUUGGACUGCUUUUAGUAGGUAGUGGCUACCUCACGGUACAACAUAGGGGAGGCCCUUCGCAUGACCAGAGCAGUUAGGAUUAGGUGUUUUUCAGAAGGGUCUGUUUCUUAGCUUCUGAGAAUACAAACCACCACACGGGUAAAAUAUCGAACCACUCGCCUGGAAACUUCACUUGAGGUGAUGUGGCCAACACUCUAACCAACUGAUAUGAGCUAUUGCAGUCCCUCACUGGAUCAAAAGUCAAGGCAAUUUGGGUCCUUAGUUCAAAAACAAAGUACUGGAUCUCUGUAUGUGACUCUGACUCUAGAUAGAGGAGGUUCUGAAAUAAAACAAAUCAAAACGAAGAAAUGAAGAUUGCACCAGUAUUUUUAUCUGUGUUAGCACAGCAAAUAUGGUGGUGGAAGAUAAUUAGUCACAUAGUUAAUGUGAAAUAUAUAUUUUGUUUUCUUGCGAUUAUUGUUGAAGUCCAAAUGUCAAGCAUCAACUUCUGCUAUAUGAGCAGAUGUCUUUUGCUUAUUAUGGGUGAUAUAUGGCCACAACACAUGUUCCUCACUGACCUGUCAGUGUUCUAGUUCACUUUGUAUUGUACAUGGUUUACAUGAAUUGAUGUAUUGUAUAAUCAUGUAUCAAGUGCUAUGUAUCCAUGUGUUUCUGAAUCGAGUGUUUAUAUGUUAUCUUGUUAUUUGAGGGCCAUGUGGAAGAUUAG